AGGAGGAAUGUCGAACGGUCCUCUGAUAGAAAAGAAACUAGGAAAUGCAUGCGGUUGCUUGUGGAGAUCGACAUAAAACAUCAUGAUACGACUUUGACAUGACAACAUAUCAAGAGUGGACAAUAAGAAACAACAUGUCAUCUUGCGCCUCGUUCUCACCGACGUCGUGUUCGGGACCGUCGUGGAGGCUCUCAGGAUGCUCUAAGAUAUGGUCGAACGUAGGAAUGCAGUUGGCUUCAUGGUGUACACGAAGGCGGAUCAGGAGGAAUAGACACAGUCGUAGUACGGCAAUGGGAAAAGGCGCACAAGAGCAUCAGGGGAGGACUGUGGGGCCUUGGUUCCUGCUUAGCGCAUUCGUUGGCGUGAUAACAAGAAUGAAGAGGUCCUCCCGUUCGGCACUUGCUGCCGCUUGGCUGCUCCUUACAUCCGGUGCGACCAUAUCUACUGCCUGGAAAUUCGCAAUCGAUCCAGUAAAACGGGCUAGCAUGAACGAGAUGUUUUACUCUCUGCCCUUUCCGCCUCCCUGCAACGGUAGCGAACCCGAAGACGUUUUCCAGCCACAUUGCGUUCCAGGUUUAUCGAAGUGGGUCCACGAGUAUGCUCCUUGCGAAUAUUUCGGCUUCCAGUACUCGAUGGAAUGGUUUUUCGCUCAUGUCUUCGACGAAAACAAGCAAUUUCUAGCUCAGUCAGCGGAUGAUGCGUAUUUCGUCUUCUUUCCGCACUGUGUCAGUCGAGUUUAUUUCGUUUUCAAAUUAGACUUGGGCAUGGAGCAUUGGGCCGCAAUUGCGAAAGCAGAAGCAGAUUACUUAGUUCCGCUGUUGCGUUGGACGCAUUUGCACCCACUGCACAAAAAAUUCGGUGGCAAGAACUUCUGGACCGUGUUUUCCAUGGAUUUGGGUCGUCAGGAUUUCCAGCGUUCGGCACCUUAUCUACAGGAAUGGUCAGUAGGGCAGUUAGCGGGGCAUCCGGAGUGGAUCCAUGGACACUUCUGGACGGGAAAGGAACAGCCGACAUUCACGAACACGCAUUCUUCGAUUAUGUUUUGUUGAGUUGUUCGAUCUUUUUAUAAUAAACGACUCACUGACAAAAAUGACUUAUCAAUCUUCACCUGUUUACCACGCUUCCAUCUCCAUAGACUGUCUGAUGAUCAUGCACAAAUGUUGAAGAUGCUACAGUAUUUUCGGUUAUACUCUCUAAGCCCCGUAGUUGCUGGAAAGUGGACAAAUGUUGAAGAUGCUAUAGUAUUUCCGUUUAUAUUCUCUAAGCCCCGUUGCUGGAAAGUCUUCAACAGUAUUUCCGUUUAUAUUCUCUAAGGGCCGUUGCUGGAAAGUGGACACGGAACAUGUUGUGGCCGCCAACGAAAUCUUCUCGGAGAGGAUCCAAUACUGGUAUGACACGGUGAUUUCCAUUCCGACGAGAUUUUCAAAGUCUACGGCAAGUUUACGUGCUGACGAUCGCGAUAUCGAGCUCUUCUUUGCUGGGUCACCCAAUAGCUGUGCGAGACGAACUGCUAUUGAGGAACUGAAUAAGAUCGGAACAGACGAAGGGUACAGAAAGGAGCUGCAGGGACUGGCGCAGGCAUUCUCUUCUUCUACAAGCUCAAGUGGAAGCGAAGGAGCUAGAAAAGGCAAAGGAAAACAAGGAAAAAGUACAAGUAGAAGUACUUCCUCCAGUACUAAAAGUGCAAGUGGUACUAGUACUAGAAGUUCUACUGCUCCUGUACCUGUCGAAUUCGAUCAAUCCAAGUACGUUGUGCUGAAUUUCACAGCAUCUUCAGAAGAGUAUGAGCAGCUGAUGUAUCGAUCCAAGUACUGUCUAGUCAUGUGCGGCUCCUCGCACACCAACAAUGUCCGCAUGAUUGACGUGAUGGUACACGGCUGCAUCCCUGUGAUCGUGAGUGACGACUUCCAGCCACCUCUGAGUGGUGUGGUGCCUUGGGAAAAGUUUGCGAUAUUUCUGCCUACGUACAAGAUUCGGGAGAUACCAGCAAUAUUAGCGAGUAUACCAGAAGAAAAGCGUUUGGAAAUGCACAGGUACCUAGUGGGAUCCGGCAGGACGAGUCUAGAUGAGACAAGCGCCGCAGACAUCUUCGAUUGGCAGAGCGGGAUCUUUUUCAUUGCGUUUUUUUUCGAUGUGCGACGCAAGCUGGGAAAACGAAUAGGAUUGUUCGACGACAACAAUGUUCUUGGAGCUGCAGAAGGUAGUAGAAGCUUGUUUGAUCAUGGCGCAAAGGCAAACAAGAUGCUCGUGAGCCCUAAACACGUCAGCAGCUUGGGCCGAGAGCUUUUUCUGCAGAGCGGUAGUGAAGACGCGGUUCCCAAUUGGUACGCGGGCGACGGAGAGAAGGAGGGAUUCGGUAACCAACAGUGGGAGUGGCUGUCGACAUCUUCAUCCAUGGUAGAAGGAUCAGCAAUGGUAGAAGAAGGAACGGAUACGGAUGCAGCUGCACAAGUUCAAGUAGUAGAGGACGAUGAACAAGCGAAGAUAGCUGAGCCAGACGAUGGUUUGCAAUCUGAGGGUUUGAUCCCAGCAGAAGGAUCUGCCACGCCAACCGAGGGUCAGACUGAAGAAGCCGAGCUUCUACAGCAGGAGCAGCGUGAAUUACAGGCAUUGAUCACUCCGCCAACAGCGUCGGAGAAAGCUAGAAUGUCCAUGACCGAGCAUCGGAUGAUGGCCGAACGACGUGUGAAGACAUUCCGAAGUCUGGGUUUGAUGCGCUGGUACGAGUACCUGGAUUCCUAUUGUGAAGAGGGUGUCUGCGCCAAUGGUCGUGAGCGGUUGGAUACUAGUUUCGCAACUGCAAAUUUGGGCUGUGCUGAUGCCGAGACGUUGUUGCCGACUCUGUCGUACAUCUACGACUUGCUCAAACGGCGUUUUGAAUUAGCCUCCUCCUCUAUAGGCGACAAGGAAAUCGCGAUUUUGCCAGGUUUAUGGGUGGAUGGCGGCUCCAACGUUGGCAAGAGUAGCCUAGCUUGGUUUUCCACCAUCGGUCGAAUGCCACAGCACAUCUACGCAAAAAGUCUCAAAUCCGUAAAGGACUGCAUUGUUUGUCCCGUCCACUAUGCUGCGGACAUCGCGGUCUUGAGUGUAGAGCCGAAUCCUAGGAAUUUCGAGAAGCUUCUGAAACAACCCUACGUUCAAGAACACGAAUUAUUUGCCUGGUACGGGAUUGAGGCUGGACUAGGGGAGAAAGAAGGUAUUCAGAUGAUGGCAACCAAUCCAGAAUUUGCAGUGGAUGAAAUCGGUAGUCUCUUGUUCGACGAUGCUACAGACAUACGAACCGCGCGUGACCAAGUGCAUGUGGUGACAUUGGAGACAGCAAUACUUAAGACUUCGUUUUCAGGACGAAUCCAUUUCCAUCUUUAGAUUUAGAACAAGCGCCCGGGCCUGGGGUACCGGUACAACCCCUCUAAGGGAGAAACAGACCCGCCAAGAUGACUUUCAAGAUGGAUUCAUCUGGGAAGAUCUAAGACACAACAUGCAGUGUUUCACUUCUCCUACCAUCGAGGUGGAUGGACUAGCAGGCGGGGUAGGAAUCACCAAAGACGAGGAGGUGUACCGAGUUGGGACGACCAGGAGUUCUUGGAUCGAGUCCUUGAAGGUGUUGAGAGUGGCAACAAGCAGGAUGGAACUCAAACUACUAACGCAGAAACUACUGCUACUAGUACAACAAAAACUUCUGAGGAGGCGGAUGUGGAAGAAGACCAGCUUCUACAAGAGUCUGAAGGACCUCCCUCAGGUCCCUACGGCAUGUCAUUUCCUCAAGAACGGCCUGUUUUCAUGCUCAAACUCGACAUCGAAGGUUACGAACCGCGGGUUAUCCGCCAGUCGCGCUCUUUGUUCGAGCAGAAGCAGAUAAAAUUCCUCGUUUUGGAGUACAGCCAAAACGCGUGGGCAGAAGGGUUGAAGCGAACGAUCAAGUUCUUGGAUUCUGUAGGAUACUUCUGCUUCCUAAUAUUAAGGCUUCCCUUAAUCCAUCCUUGUAGACAUCCCUCAAACACAUGCGCCCCAAUAUAAGGGACCAUACUGACGCAUAUGCUUGAGGGAUUUCCACAGGGAUGAAUAGGGGAGAGAUCUAAUAAUAACUAGGAUGGAACUUUUUCCGAUUUCGUUUGACUUCUGGUCUGGCGAUUACGAAAAUCCGAUCUGGAGUAACGUCUUUUGCGGUAUCGUGGGAGAUAGCGACUUGGAUCUCUUUUUAUGGUUUCACUGAGAAGUGCAAAUGCAAAUGUCUGAUUUUGAAGUAAGUAGUAAGUAGGAGGUCAUGACUCUUCAAUUUGGUGGUCUCUACGGUGAUCAAGAAUGAUCAUGACAGGGGCACACACGACAUGGACAUGACAUCAAUUUCAUAUUCAAUCGAUCAAACAACAACCGCUCUCUAUAAUGUACACUGAGCCUAAAUUAUGUUAAAACAACAACAGAGUCGUGGUUCCAAUUCCCUCCAUUCCCUAUCGCUAUGAGCCACAACUUUUCUCUUCAGGAUGAUGCGAGGCUAGGCCUCUAAUCUUUGUCGAGAUGUAUCAUCGCGCACCGCAGCCGAUUGACGUAGUUCCCGGUGGCCCAAGAAUGCGUGGAGCAAGGCAAGUUGACGGCAAGGAAGACGAGCAGCCAGUAGGUGUUGCUUCACGUGAGAAUGGUGGUCAAGAGCAAGAACCAGUUGUAGAUUUAAGGGUAGGUUAAAGGUGCUUUUCUUACCGCUUUUUAUGCCUCUCCUAAGGGAGAAAGGCAUAACAAGCGGGGUAAGCGCGCGCCAAAAACCUACCUCUAAUAGCUGACGCAGUACUAGAGGACGCCGAUUUAGGAGGUGAAGUAUCCUCCUUCGAGACAAGAGCAAGUACUAGAGAUCUAGUUUCCCAAGAAUCCGAUGGUUGGACGGCUCACCGUAACCGCUAUCUACUUGGACACACAGAACUGACUACAGCUGCAAACUUAUUCUCGCUGAAGCGCGCCAAGGCUAUUUGCGGUCGCCUUGACGCGCGUUUGUGUGGUGGGGUCACGUGUAUCCGGUCCGAUUUCACAACGGAAGACAUGGUAGUGAAAGAGGAUAAGAAGAAGAUUAAGGCUCGCUUUGCACUAUUCCAUUCCCGUUCUUCCCACGUGGAUUACUCUGUUGAGUGAACUGAAGUGCCCCUUGACCUUGAUUCAAAGGGAAAAAUAAGGAGGGAGAGGUCGAAAUUACUCAACUCACUCAAGCCGGAAUACAUAGUGAAAAACUAGCGCUAAGAAGAAAGAAGACAUGCCGUUGAGCAGUUUCAAGGACCAGUUAGUGUGCACGCUGAGGGUUGGUCAAGAAGGUCCUUUAGGCCCUAGCCCGACUCGAGAGAUCACGUUUAUGCGACCAGCGUCUGUGGCUAAGCCAGGCACGGUCAUCCUACCGCACGGAACGGGAUCUAGUGCGAACGGAGGCGUUAUCGCGGAGGACGAACAUCCAUUUUUACAGUGGCGAAGAAGGAAGUCGUUAUUCGAUUAGUAGGUGCACAACGAACAUCAUGGACAUGUUGCAGUUGAAAUAGCAGAAUGCACAUGCACGAGGACGUACACAUCUUUCAUCAUGAUCACCUUCAGAAUAUUGAUAGUCUGUAAACUAAUGCAAAGCUAAAAAUGACGACUCUUCUACUACAGCAACAUGCAGUCAGAAAUGUUGAGACACGAUUAAUAUCUGAAGGCCUGUCCUCUAGAGGAAGUCGGAAGAC